ACGUGCUCUUGGGCCUGGGGUCUGAGGGUCUCGGGCCUUCGUCCUCAAUGUGCCGGAGGAGGGGAGCCAACUUUCGUGGACCACAGCGUAGAAUGAGAGAAUUACACAAGCAAAGGCUGGUCUGGUGGUGUGUGUGCUCAUUACUCGAGUCUUGGGCUAGAAAAGGUGUGAAGCCUUCUCUCCCUCACCCCAUGAGGCUGGAGGGUUCAUUAAUUCAGCAGGACAGAGGACUGAUUGCAUGGACUGGAAAUUAGAGGGUAGUGCCCAGAGAACAGAGUCACCAGUGCUGCCGGGACAGGAAGGCCACGUAGUGGACGCAGAUGCAGAUGGAUUCUCUGAAAGCUUCUGGCUUCUACAGAUCGAUGUGGACUGUGAGUGCCGAGAGAGAGAGGCCCCUCCCAUAGGCAGUGCACCAUGGUGCUCGAGAAAUGUCCAAAGAAAACAGAGACACUGGGAAAAGAUAGUUGCAGCAAAGAAGAGCAAAAGAAAGCAAGAAAAAGAAAGAAGAAAAGCCAGUCAUGCAGAAAAUCCAGGCAUCUGCACCCAGCAUAGCAAACGUUUUCUGAGAGCCUUAACCAAAGAGAAACUUCUGAAGGCAAGACGCACAGGACCAAGACUGUGUAUCGAUUUGAGUAUGACCCACCACAUGUCAAAGAAGGAAAUGAGUAGACUGGCUGGGCAGAUCCGAAGGUUGUAUGGUUCAAACAAAAAAGCUGACAGACCUUUUUGGAUCUGCCUCACUGGAUUCACAACUGAUAGUCCUCUCUAUGAAGAAUGUUUGAGGAUGAAUGAUGGGUUUUCUAGUUACCUGCUAGACAUAACGGAAGAAGACUGCUUUAGUUUGUUUCCUCUGGAAACCCUUGUGUAUCUUACUCCUGACUCAGAACACGCUCUUGAAGAUGUGGAUCUAAACAAAGUUUAUGUCCUUGGUGGACUUGUGGAUGAAAGCAUUCAGAAGAAAGUGACAUUUCAGAAGGCCCAGGAACACUCUGUCAAGACAGCCCGUUUGCCAAUUCAGGAAUACAUGGUCAGGCGCCAAAAUGGGAAAAAUUAUCAUUCAGAGAUAUUGGCCAUCAAUCAAGUGUUUGAUGUCCUGUCCACUUACUUCCAUACUCAAAACUGGCCCGAAGCACUGAAGAAAGGAGUUUCUCCAGGAAAAGGCUAUGUUCUCUGGAAUUCAGAUGAAUGACAGCAGCCUGAGAUGUCUUCACCAAAGAACAGAGGAAAAUGUGGCAGUGGCACAAACUUUCCUCUGCUUGACCUCUUUGCAUCUUUAUAGAAUGAGCCACCAGUAGCAAGAACCGUAUUUUAUGCUUUUGUGUCGCCUGGCUCACAGGAGGUGCCCUGAUUAAGUUUACCUAACAAGGAAUUAGCCUUAAAACUACAUGGCUUUGGAUAUGUUGAUUCAUCUUUUGUAUCUAUUUAUGAAAGACCUGCCUUAGCGAUUACUAAUUAAAUAUGUCAAGAGCUUAAUUUUCACUAAACUGGCAUGGAAUUGUGA